GGCGCCCUGACGUAGUCGAGUCCGUUCCAGAUGACCCUACUUACAACGUCAGCAGCGAGCUCACCCUGGAAGUGACUGCUAACGACGAUAACACCAAAGUCUCCUGUGUCGUCGAUCACGACUCUGUGAAACAUGGGGAGAAGAAGAGUGAGCAGUCUCUGCGGGUGUUGUAUGCCCCUGAAGUAGUGAUCACCCCUGAGGAGAGGAUGGCAAUAGAGGGGCAGAGGUUUUCUCUGCAGUGUUCAGGCAAAGGCAACCCUGAGCCCACCAUCUAUUCCUGGGAGAAGGCGGAGGGAGAGCUCCCCCCACUGGCCAAAGCCGAUGGUGCUUUCUUGUCCUUUUCAGUGCUCAACAAAUCAGAUAACGGCAUGUACAUCUGCCAAGCUGGCAACAGAAUUGGGAAGGGCAGAGGGAGCUACACACUUCAGGUGCAAGACGACCCCGACUCCUCAAACGCAAUUACCCCCACGUUUCUCCCCACUUCCAUCUUUCCCUCCUCCUUACCUGACGUCUUCCAAGGCUCAGGGUCAGACUUCAGUGACUUCAUCACCUUUUCCCCUGACUCCUCCUCUUUGACGGCUGUGAUCUCUACCACCAACCCGCCAUCUUCCACCACCACCCUCUCCAACGCCCUUUUCCCUGACCUGCUCUUUUCCCCUGUUUCCACCCCUCUCAUCCCUCCAUCCCCUGCGACUCCCACCCUCUCAUCCCCCACCACCUCAGUUUCCAUCCAGACGAACGGAGUUUACACUUUCACAGAAGAUGAUGCACGCAACUCGACAGACACGACAGCCAUGUCGGCACCUUUGGGCGUGGACCACGCUGUGAUCGGAGGGGUGGUGGCUGUUAUCGUCUUCAUCCUGCUUUGCCUCCUCAUCGUCCUCGGCAGAUACCUCAUCAGACACAAAGGAACGUAUCUGACCCAUGAGGCCAAGGGUUCCGACGACGCCCCUGACGCCGACACGGCCAUCAUCAACGCUGAGGGAGGUCACUCCGGAGCCGAAGAGAAGAAGGAGUACUUCAUCUAGACGGGCGGGGGGACAGAGUGGUGGUGGGGGGGAGAAAGCGAGGAGGAGGAGGAAAAUUUGGAGGAUCCAGCUGAAGGAGAGAGGAAAGGAAAAACCUCCAUUUGUUUUCACAACAGCUUCAGUUCUUUACUCUGUUGAAGGGAUGUUGGCAAGAGAAGGGAGGUAAAGAACUUUGGGCGGCACUUCAAUUACCCUCUUUGCAUUGAUAUAGGGAAGUGAGAUCUUUUGCACUGACAUUCGGAUGAACUGAAGUUACACACAUGCGCACACACACACACACGCGCCCAUACAUGAUUCAGUUGUUGUUUUUCCGCACAGACGUGAACGCUCGUAGAUGCUCAGAUUAACAAAGGCGAGCUUCCUACUAACACAUCCUGAUCCGUUAUCACAUCCUCACACAAGCAUCCCUUUUUUUCAACUGUCAGCGCAGUGAAAAAGCUAAAUUGUAAACCACAUUCUGACAUCGUCACGAACCUCUUUCCUCCUCCACAGUGCAGCCCACAGCGGGUCUGCCCCCGUCACGUUCCAGUCCUCAUUCUCUCUAUCAGAACAAUGCAGAAUCCCUCCUUAAACUUGCUUAGGGUAGACAAAAUUAUUGAUUGGAAAAUUUAAUCUCCUUCCAUCUUUUUUUAAUCUUUCUAUGCCAUCCAACCGCUUCCUGCGGACGAUAAGAUUUUUCCACAACGCACCACCACAAAACUUGCAAAAACAGCAUUCCCACCUUGCGCUGCCAAGCCCAGGGCCUCCAGUAUACAUAUAUAAAUAUAUAUAAAUAUAUAAAUAUAGAGUUAUAUAGCAUUCUUUUUACUUGACAGAAAACAUUUGGUGUGUUGUAAAUGCACUUUCUGUUCUGUUAUUUUUCAGCAUUCUGUCACUCUUCGGCGCCCUCUAUCCUCUCAUGCAGCCCGUUACUGCAUCACAGCAACUUAUAUACUCAAAAAUAAAAUAGAAAAAAAAAGCCUGCCUGUUUUUAUUACAUGCGUGAAAAUUCAGAGUCAAAGCGAUCAUUAUCUUUGGGUUAAAAAAAAAAAGAAAAAAAAAACAUGUAACAACCAUGAUGUUGCAAUGAAAACUAACCUUAACUGCAAAUAUUUGUACAAAGAAUGUUUUUCCUAUUGGUUUGUUUGUGUUUUCUAAAUUUUUCUUUUGGAUUUUUAGGGAGAUUUUGUGUUUCCUGUCACAUCUUGUUGUGUUACUGUCAGUGUUAAGAGUUUACAGUGUCUGCUGGUUUGUCAGUUCAAAAGUCUUCUUAUUUGGGCAUUUCUUUGCUUCUUCUGUUGUGCCGUGCUCCGUGGCGACAGCUCCUCCCUGCAUAGUCAAACCUUGAACUCUAAUCGGCAGCCACGUCUGAGUGAAACGUUCAAAAUGAGUUUAAUAGAGUUUCUUUCUUGUCUUUCAUGUAGUUUCCCUUCAAACUCAGCCUGCUGAACCUAACAGUCACCUUCAGAUCGCCUUUCUUGGCAAGGCCAUCUGGCUCCAAAUCCACUGAGUAGGGGCUUCACUGGCUUUCUCUAAGAACCUGCCAUGUUUGCUGCUCCGGGGUUGAGAAAAUGCUCACAGGACCUAACAGGGCUGUCUACAUGCAUUAUAACCAAGUUCCUGGACAAAAAAAGGGGGGGGUUGCGGGGAAUCUCUUCCCUCGAUGGCUUUCUUGUAUGAGCAGGACUCAUUCGCCAGCUAAGCGAAAGCUUCCCAUAAACCAACGCUGCUUUAUUAAGGUUGAGACUUGGCUUUGGCAGCAGCGAGUCCCACUUGGCCCAGGCAUGGAAAUUGAUUGCAAUCUAACUAAGAGGCUCUGGCUGCAGGUUGUACACAUGCCAAGGCUCUGUUUGGCCGGACAAGGAUUUCAGGCUACUCUAACACUCAAGAAAGUCAUUUAGGGAACCUAAUGUCCUCUUCUACUUUUCUCCUUCCCCCUCCACUCGUCUACUUCUUUUCAUACUUUAAUCAAUCAAGCUGUCUGUGUCCUGAUCCACCUUCACCCUGUCUCCCUCCUCUCAUUGCUCCUUCCUUCCCCUCCCCUCCGUCUCCGAUACAUGUCCAGAAUCUCCUGGCUUGUCUCUCGCUCAUGGAGAAGCCUGUGUAGACGGAGCUGUGUGGGCUGAAAGCUUUCUGCAGUAGUGGCAUGUAGGAGAUGAAUCACUGGUCAGUUUUACAACCUUCACUACAAAAAAAAAAAAACACAAAAAUAUUACCAAUUAUUUUUGUCUGCUUUCUAAGUGCAAAUAUUUUAGAACACUUGAAAUAUGACAAGUAAUAUACGAAUAACUUUUUAGCAUAGAAGAUUGUUUUAAGUAAAUAAUUCCUUAAUAUUGAUUUAGAAAAAUACUUUUUACACUGACAGAUUUUUUGACAUGUAACAAGACAUUUCCAUAAUAUUAGUAAUCUGCCAGUGGAACUAUUUUUCUAUCUUUAUUAAGGAAUUAUUGACUUAUAAUAAAACAAGCUCCUACAUUUUGCUGUUUGUUGUUUGUAAGUUAGUUUUGUCUUAUUUCCAGUGUUCUAAGAUAUUUAAAAUUACGUGGUAAGAUUUUUUGUUUUUGCAGUAUUCCUGUAUUAAGUGUUUCUGCUACCUAAGAGGGUUUUGUGAGUUUUACUGAAAGGAUUAUUGGCUUGGAUAUGUUUCUAUAAUAGUGUGUUUGGUAUUUGGUGAUUCAGCCAUACUGUCGCCUCAACAGUACAGCAUCAUAGGUUCAUAUCUCCUGCUGCUUGAAGUUUGCAUUUUGUCCCUACACCUGCCUGAGUUUCCUCCAGGUUCUCCUUCUGCAAGUCCAAAGACAGGGUGAAGUUAGUCUGCGAGUGUGCCUGAGCAAAUCAUCAUCAAAUUGUUCGUCUCUUUGUGUCGGCACCGUGACGGACCAGUGGCCUCUCCAGGGUGUGCUCUGCCUUUGCUCUGCCCUGUGGCAGCUGGGAUAGGCUGCAUCCCGGGCGUACAGUCCCUGCAGCAGUGGUACCCCAGCCCUGGUUCCCAGAGUCCACCAUCCUGUGUGUUCUGGAUCAGCGGUUUUCAAACACCUUCUAAUAAGCACCAUCUCUGUGAAUACAAAUAUUGCCAAGCACCACCAUGAUUUUGUCAGAACUGCAUCCGGAUUUGGAUUGGGGCUGAAUGCUUGGAUCAAGGAUUUAAUUAUGCAUUCCAUUAUUCGUUCGUAUUCAUCUUUCCAAUUUGAAAAUGUCAACUAAGGUCUUCUAUAGUUUCCCAACAACCCAUCCCUCAAAAUCCAAUAUGGCUCCUGCCAGUUGAAAGCAGAAUGAUAAACAGUUAAUUGCACAUUUGUAAAUGCACAUCUUAGUAAGUUUAGUAUCAGAUUGUGCUCUGCAACCUUUGGUAAUGAACAAAAUCUUUUAGUGUUCAAAUGAACACUAAACAAUAAAUAAUAAUAAUUAUCCAUUUACUGGCUGCAUUAUGUUUUGCAUAAAAAUGCCUUUUUCUGUUAAACAGAUUCUAAAACAGGUUAUAAAUUUAAAAAUAUACACAUCUCACAAAACAUGUUUAGAUGUCUGGUAUGAAAAUCAGCUAAGUUAGGCAUUAUUUCAAAGGACUUUGGCUAAGAGAUGUCAGCAAGAUGCUCCCAGUUUAAUCUAUGGUAUGUCUUAAAAAUGUGUGAACAAAUUCAUGAUUGAAAUCUUAAAUUUCUUGAAAUACUGACAAAUACUCUUUUCUUUUGAGCAGUUUCUGUUUGAAGCUAAGAUUAUUUUCUAUUCAGUUCAACUAAAAAUACCUUUUUCGAUCCCAAAUAAAAAUUAAAUCUGGUUUAAAUCACAGAUAUUAUCCAAGCAUUUUCAAAGAGUCGUUUUGGAUGUUGAUGCUGUGAGCAGAAAAAAAAUCUGAAGGAUCCUGUGACUGAAGACUGUUACUGUUUGACAGUCACAACAUGAAAACAGCUCAAUAUUCGGGUAACAGAUGAUAUUUUACAGCAACAUGUCUUGGAUAACAUGUUGCUAAUCCACCUCAGUUGCUUUUGCCGCUCCUUUCGAAAUCUCUGUCUGGCCGCAUUUUUAAAAAAUGAUCCUCGUCACCUCCUUUUCAACUCCUCUGGGAUUUUCAGUGGGGUAUUAUUUCAGCUUUUGAGACCCUAAUCAUCUGCGUCUGGUCACAAAAAGUAGCUCUUGCUUCCACAGUUACGCAUCAUAAGUUUCUGAAAGUGAAAAAAGAGCAAUGUUUUUUUCUGCUACACAAUAUCAUCCAAGUCUUGAGGUAUUAAUUGUCCGAACAUGUAAUGCCUCAUCCAUCAACACAAAACUCUACAAAAUUAUUUAUGCAAAAGCAAUUUAAAAGGAUAAUAAUUAUUUUUUUCUUAAGAAAAAUCUGAAUCUGCAUAAUCUGUAUUUUUUGACCAUGAAGAAAUUCAGAAAAAAUAGCAAUUAGCACUUUGCUAAAAAUUCCUCCAAAGAGGAAUCUUAAGUUUUAGGUUAAGGUUUCAUUGACGAUUCUCCUCUCAGUAAUUAAUAUCUCCGGCUUACAUUUAAAUUUGAAUGGAAACAGAACUACGAAGAAAUGAGAGAAAUGUUACAUUACCCAUAAAAAAUACUUCAGAACAAUAUUUGGAGUGAUAGUAACAACAUAAUUGUUGUGGAACUAUCUAAUGAUCACAAAUAUAUUCACUCUGUAAAAAGACGCUACAUGUCUUCAGUUACCAAAAUCUUUGUUUCCAAUGUGGUCAAGGUGAACAAACAGGGAAAAUCUUUGUGAAUAUUCCAGUUAACACACACCAGGGUUAUAAAGCAGGUUAUGAGUUAUAAAAAGGGCUUCUGAGGAACUUGGUGGCACGCUAAGGAUGCGGUCUUUGAAAGUCUAUGUGCUGGAGCAAUACCACUUCAAAAAGUGCAGGAUAUGAGGAUCAGGGUCUGGGGACCACUACUCUAUGGGAUGAACCAGGCAUAGCUGAUAUAUUUUUUUAUUUUGACUCAGCUUUUCAUCUGUGUUAUGGUUGAGGAGCAGAGAAUCAGCUCUGUCUCAGAGAGCUUGUUGCACACUUCAAAGACGAUAGCAUUGAACUGUAUUUAGCCUCAGUCCACUGUAACUCUGCUCAUGCUGGAGAGAGGAAAUACUUGCCUCCUACUUAAAGUAUAAUGUCUUUUUUCAAAAACUAAUGGACCUGUAUUUGCCUGUAAUUUAUCGUCCUGUUCUUUGUCUUAGUUAAUGUGCUAGCAUGUAGCUUGCAUGAGGAAUGAUUGGAAAGUGUAGAUACUGCUGGAGACGAGAAGUGCCGACAAGCCCCUCUCCUGAGACUUCGCUGCUGCCCUCUGUUCUGCAGACAUACGCUGUGACCCGGAUAAAUCUGCCUGUAACCUCCUCAUCUCUGCCGCCCAACCAAGUACAACUCUUUCUGCUUUUUCUUCCAACACCCCAACAUGAAAUCUGCAUUUGUUGUUGAACUGGGAUGCGCAGUCAGUGAAACUGUAUUUUCUGGCUUGGGUGUGAUAGUGACUAACUGUCCCCAGGUGCCAGCAAAGCAUCACUUCUCUUCUCCGUCUUCAGUCAGUUUUAGCCGGACUGUCCUUCACUCAGAGUCAUCAUCUCCUCUUUAGGCAGUUCCAAACAAGCUGCCUGUCAUUUUCCCCCUUUUUGUAGAGGAAACUAUUUACUUUUUAAGUCAUGUUUUUUAAAAGCUGUGCAUAAUCAUCAGUGUUUGAGUUUCAAUUUAGUUGAUUAUCUUUUUUUUUUUUCAUUUAGAUUUCCCAAAACUUGAAUGUUAGAAUUGUAGUAUUUGCAUUUAUUUUCUUGUUCAACAACCAUUUUUAUAUAUUUUCCUGUACAUAGUGUUGCCUUUCUGGAAACUCUUACAUGCAGACCCAUACAAACACCUUACACACACACUAUGGAUGCAUUAACACACACAUACAUGAAUAUGCACAGCAGGUAUGUCUGCUCCUGUGGUGUGUGUGUGUACUUUAGUGUGUGUGUGUCUGUGUUCGUGGAGGAGUGUGUAUCAAAUGACCCAAACAGACACUCUUUAUGUGUUGCGUUCACAAAAAUAGUUUUAUUUCCAUGAAUAAAAAAAUAAAAAAAUCAAUUUUUUUUUUCUUAUUUGGAUUAUAAGUCUUCCUUUUGAGUAAAUAUUCAUAUCACAUGAAAGUAGUGUUGUUGUGUGUGUUAAUUUGUAUAAAAAAGGCAGAUGAUGUCAUCAGUGCGCAACCCUGACAGAUGCUGUGUUGGGGUCAGAAACUGUUGGCUGAAAUGUUCCAAAAAUAUGAGGUUUUGUUUUGUUUUGUUCUCCUUCUCUUUUUGUUAGAAUAUGAGUUGAGUUGUUGACUUCAAUAAACAUAAAUUUGGGUUAAUUUCA